GAUGUGACUAUCAUCACGUGACUUUGUCAGCCCAACGUAAAGCUACUUCUGAUACUCCCGUGACGCUAACCAAUGUCAAAUCACGAGGAAGCUUUGCUGUGACUUGUGUUUGUUUGUUGCUUUGUAUGUAGGGUAAGCAAAGUGACAUCACAAGAACUAAAGUACAGCCUGUCAAAUGCACAGCGAAUGACAGAAAGUGUCACAAGCUAGAAACAACAAAAUAAUCUUCAAGGCAGUCUCCGAGGUAACUCGUGAGGCGUGUCCGUGCUCGUGUGGUGCGGCGGAAGAAGCUUCUUGUCCUUCAAGCAUGGCGCGCCGACGACUUUGCAGAGAUCUACUUUUUGUUGUCUUGCUCUGCGCUGGGUCGGGCACAGGGGCCGAAGUGAACGAGGUCGCAGUGACCCCGACUUUGAACCUUAACAGUGUAAAUGAUGUUACGACUCCAGGUGACAUCAUCACGACCGCCCCAUCAAAGGCUGCUGUUUCAAAAAGAAGUGCAUCAGGGAUGAGGUUACCAAGAAACGAGUGUGCAGAGUCGACGCAGAUCAUUACGGAUCUCAAAGGUAUCAUCCAAUGGCAAGCCACGCAGAACUGUAGCGCCACCUGGCAAUGGAACAUUUCAGUCGAGCUGUCGCAUCACAUCGUGCUUCAACUCAGAGAGCUUUACUUGCCACCCAGAGGUCCAGGUCAGGAAAACGACAGCCUGCACAUCCAUGGACAGCUGUCAUCCGUGACGGGUACCAAGGUCCUCGACUUCCGCCAAAGCGCGAAGCGUGCCCAUGCCCCCGGUUUUCGUCCGCUCCAACACAGUUCUUGUUCAACUGGCGGCACACGGGGCAGGCUCCAUGUUGGAGCUUACAUUCUCGAGCUAUCCCGCGCAAACGUUGCCCCCCGAGACGUCCAGUGGAAAAUAUCGCUGUUCCUCUCCGUUCCUCGUUCCUCUGGAGCUGCAGUGCGACUUUGUAGAGCAGUGUGAAGAAGGUGAAGACGAGAGCAGGUGCAGCUACUCGAGGGAGGGCUGCAAUGGCUGGAUGCCCCUUGACAUCUUCCACUGCUUGACAGUCGUGAACAACUCUGUGGCUCUGACCCCCACACAGGCGGACUUGGAAUGCACGAAGACCACGGGCGCCAAUCUGGCGGCUCUGUAUACCCCAAUGGAAAUCAAGCAAGUGGCUAAAGUCUUUUCUCUGCUGGGACUUUCAUUCGUUGUGGUUGGAGCCAUUACUGUGAACGCCGUUAAUAGUGAGUUUCAGCACCUCUAUCGUUUUCUCUGGAGCUGGGACAAUAACAGAGUCACCUUCUUCAGCACCAUGGACCUAGACGAGAAGGACACGAUCAAACUCUGUGUAGCUGUCGUAGUCCAUCCAGUCGUAUUGUUGCGGAUAAUCAACUGUACGAGCACCUACCACACCUUUGCGUGCCUUAAAGGAAGAGUGUCCCCGAAAGACACUAGCUUCACCUUUAGUUAUUCAGCUUCCUCGACUGGUCGAUACCAAAUGGCCGCUUCCCCUUCAAACAUGUCCUGAUGGCUCUCUUAGCCAUCAUUUCCAUCCUUGCAGUUUCCGGAAAUCCACAAGCAAUCUUCCUAGCUUCAUGUGCGACAACAAGCAGAUGGUGCACUACUCUUUAACCUGCGACGGCCUCAGUGACUGUGACGACGGGACCGAUGAGGGUUUCUGCUUAAAGGAAAAGCGAAGUAAAGUUUUGCGGAAUCUGACUUACGAAUGCACCCAGAUGUUACAAAUCAUUCCUAAGUCACGUAGGUGCGACGGAAAAGCCGACUGUCAUGAUAAGAGCGACGAAGAGCGAUGUCUGGAAUGUCAGGAAGGCUUAGUGAGCUGUGUGGACUUCGGGUGCUCACCCAAAGACUUUGAAAUGAACGGCAUAGCUUUUGGACACUGUCCACAUAUCAUCAAGCACAAAAGGGAUACUUUAUUUACAUUACACAGGAAUGACAGCUAUAGGGAUAAAAGGGUCACAGUAAAGCUGAACAGAUAUGGGCGUGUGCAGUUAGUACCAAUGAACCAGCAGGAGCCGUGUCCCGAAACACAUGUUCAGUGCAAAGACGGUCCAUGCAUUCCUUCCUUCCUCGUUCAAAACGGGGAAAAUGAUUGUCCACUGCUGGAAGACGAGGUCUGGAACCCGAAAGUCAAUUGUUCCGGUUAUUACCGCUGCUACAGGUACAGUGUAUGUCUGCACCCCACCUACCUAUGUGAUGGUAUCGUUCAAUGCCCUUACAAGGACGACGAGGCCUACUGCCAACUAACAUGCCCCAGUGAGUGCAUUUGCGAAGGUUUGUCCCUAACAUGCGAAAAGGUCUUCCCCGCGGAAAAAUACGCCAUGGCUCGCUAUCUGGACUUAAGCAAGUCGGAGAACAUACAAGACUUGCAGGAGCUUAACAAGCUGACCUUUUUAACCUUUCUGAACCUCUCCUUCUGUGGCCUGACUAAUGUCUCUCUUGGGACUGGUCUCCAUCAUUUAAAGGUUUUGGACCUUAGCUUCAAUAGACUGACUUCAGUUUCCAAUAUAGUCUUGAGCAAUCUUUGUGGGUUGAAUCUCUUGAUACUGUCUAACAACCCGCUGUUCUCAAGUCUUGAUGAAACUCUCAAUGCUUUCAUGAAAACUAUUGGUUCUCGACACUUGAACAGCCUCGUCCUUGCAAACACUGGCAUCAGGUCCAUACCUGAAGGAAACUUUUCUUCCUUUUCGGAUAUCACUGACCUCGACAUCACUAAAAACCCCUUGGAAAUAUUUUCUGGAAGGUCCUUCGACAGCUUCACUAAUCUCAAAGUUCUGAAAACGCAUUAUUUUACUGUUUGUUGUUUUUUUAUGUCUGUGAGGAAGGAUGCCAUAUGCAUAGCUCCACUCGAGCUACUUUCGUCGUGCUACAACCUUGUGCAAAGCAUCCUCAUCCAGACACUCUCCAUAAUCAUAGCUAUCGUACUCUCUUUAGGUAACGGUAUCGUUCUGGUUUACCUGUUACACCGUGGGUGUAGGGGCUCUGUCAAGGGUCCCCUGGUCACAGGGUUCAAUUUAAGCAUCGCUGACUUCUGCAUGGGUAUCUACCUCAUUAUCCUGCUAAGCGCGGAUAGCGUAUAUCGAGGAGAAUUCGACACCUACGAGAAACACUGGCGAGAGAGCUCUGCUUGCAAGGUGGCAGGCUUCUUGGUGGUGACCUCUCACAUGGCCAAGGUUCUCCUUCUCUGUCUGGACACUGUGAGCCGCCUGCUGGUAAAGAAGUUGAACUUCCACUUCGACGUGCGAUUCGACAUUUUGCUUCGCGGUUCCUUGUGGGGACUCAGUCUAGUCUUCGCCGCGGUGCCAUUGUUGUGGUCCGCAAGGGACUGGAGCUCUUACAGCCUGACCAACACGUGCGUGCCCUAUCCUAUCUUUUCCCAGAAUUCUGUAGCUUAUUGGUACACCUUCGUACUGUUCGUCCUUUUUAGCUGGCUUGCGUCUAUGGUCGUCUGCUGUGGACAACUGUACUUGUUCUUCUGCGGCCACAGGGUAGCCUUCUUCUCAAUAAAGUCCUCGCGCCGACAAGACAGGAGGAAGCCUGCCGUAGGCCAUGUCCUCCCAGCUGUCGUGUCCAGUGCCUGUUGCUAUGCGAUGGUAGGCCUUAUUGCGGUUCUGUCGGCUGUGGGAGUUGAGUAUUACCACGGAGUAAACAUCUUAACCGUUAUUUUCCUUUUGCUUGGCAACUCGGCGGUGAGCCCUCUUCUGCAGAUCAUGAUUCUGCGCAGGGACAUGCGGCACAAACGCAGAAAGAAAAGUAAUGUGGAGGUGACUCUGAACCGACUUCGAGAACAGAUAGAAACCUGGCCCCUGGAGGCUCUGGACCAGCUCAUCCGUGACUUGUACUACGUCCUGACGAUCAUGCGAAAGAGGGAGCGCAUGGAGCUAGAGUACAGGGUGCGCAUACAGCAAGACCAGCAGGAGCAGGAAAACCAGAAAGCACAAGUCCUGCCCAACACAUCGGAGACACAAGCGACACUCCCGAAAGAUACUUGUGUAAUGGUGGAAGAGAAAAACCGCGAUGAAGAACUGCUAACAACUGACGAUGUAAAAAAUGAUGAAAUCAGGGGAGACCAGACCAGCUCUGAUGAUCAGAUCAUGAAAUAAAAAUAGCAAUAAUGCUGCUUCUUGCAUGUUUCUGUGAUGUAGACAGCAUUUCGAUCAAAAACCAAACAAUAUCGACAACCACCUUCUGUCCUUUCCCGAAAAAACAAACUUGGCAAAGCCAGAACCAUUCCGUUCAUCUUCACACAACCACAGUUUGUUUAUUGUUUGCACCAUCACACACUCGUAGCACCCACAGCACAACCCAUUCCAACCGCAUAAAGGCUUUAUAAUGAGAAAAGGGAAAGACUAUUUUCUGCAAAAUAAUAAUAAUAAAAAGCUACAAAUCUGUCGAGAUUUGUCGGGUUGGGGUUUGAUACUGGUAUAUUUGCUACAAAAUAGUCCGCCGAAAAGAAAAUGUAAAAACCAAAUGAAGAGAGGAAAAAAGAACCAUGAACUAUACAGCAUUGUUGAUUUUAUAUGUAAAAUAUGAUUGAUGUUUUAUCUAUUCAAUAUGAUCGCUGUUUUUUGUGUUUUUUUUUUAGCUUUUUGCUCGUAUUAUGGGGUCACAAUUUCCAGUGUCCACAGUUCUGGUUCGCAUUAAAGUUUUCUUAAAAACCAGUCCUCGAAUCAGCCCAUGAUUUUAUGAGGGUACAGUUGUGACUUUCUGUUAAUAUUUGCACUUUCACAACAUUACAAGAACUAAAUAAGAAAGAAGCAAAGAUGGCAACUCAAACAUGAAACUCUCUUUGUAGUUUUUAACCAGAACCGUCAAAGAAACUUGCCAACAGAGCAUGAAGCCAAAACUUCCAAGCAUUUUUCAUUGCGUUCGAACUUUAAAAGCUCAUCCAACUUUCUCAAUUGCAGUCAGAAUUGACGCAAGCUAUCAACUACUACUAUCACUACGAGCACAAGAACGGGACACAAUCAGUUUUGAAGAUAGAAACAAGUGAUAG